AUGCCGUUUUACGCAGUAGCAAAAGGACGGACGGCAGGUAUUUUUAUGACUUGGCCAGAUUGUGAAGCACAAGUGAAAGGUUUUCCUGGAGCAAGAUAUAAAAAAUUUGAAAACAUUGUAGCCGCUCAGGAUUUCAUAACUUCUCUAGGUGGUAGCUCAGUAACACAAAAAGCUAAGUCUUCAAGCAAUCGAGUGAGUUUCGGUAAUAAUACUUCUAAUAACCUCAAGAGAUCUUAUUCCUCAUCAUCAAACCAUCAAAAUGAUAAUAGUCAUGUUGCAAAUAAGAAAUCUAAAUCUAAAAACAAGAAAUCUGAAAGUGGUUUCAGUGAUUCUGAUGAGUCUGAUGAAAUCAAUACCAUAUUAAUAAAACAGAUGGAUGAUAUUGAAAAAAGAUUGAAAGGAUUCGAAAAAGGUAUUGAUAAAAUUAUUAAAAAAAGUACUAGAACUUCUGAUCGUAAAUCAAUAUUAAUAGAACCUCAAGCAAUACAUAGUAGUACAACCACUAAUGGUAAUUUUGCAAUAGACAAUGAUGGCUAUGUGCAGGUUUAUACAGACGGAGCGUGUUCUGCAAAUGGUCGAAGUGGUGCAAGGGCUGGAUUAGGAGUUUAUUGGGGUGAUGGGCAUUCCUUAAACAUUAGUGAACCAGUUACAGGCAGAGCUACUAACAAUUGUGGAGAAAUACAAGCUGCCACUAGAGCAAUUAAACUAGCUCUUAACCAAGGAGUCAAAAAAUUGGCCAUUAACACUGAUUCAAAGUUUCUAAUCAAUUCUGUGACCAAAUGGAUGCCUGGUUGGAAAAGAAAAGGUUGGAAACUCCAGUCAGGUGAGCCAGUGAAAAAUGAAAUAGACUUCAAAGACCUCGACAGUGUCCAAAAUAAAAUUCAAAUCAAGUGGAAUUAUGUGGAAGCUCACCGUGGCAUACAUGGCAAUGAAAUGGCUGAUCAAUUAGCAAAAGCUGGAGCUGCCAGAUAUAAUAAA